CACACCCAACAUACACAGCAUAAAACUAUCCACCCUUUUUCGAUCUAGAUAGCUGAAUUAGACAGUCACUGAUAUACACUUAUACUAUUAGUGGAUGGCUGAGAGACAAGACCCUGAACAAGAGUACGUAUUCAAGAAUGAUACCCUUGGUACUGGCUCCUACGAAGCAAUGCAAGAUGCUCAAGGUACGCCCAUCACAAUAAAGUCACCACCUAAUGCUGUGGAUAUUGGGUAUGGAUCAUCAUCAGCCGUGAUUGGAGACAGGGCAUACUUUCAUCCAUUUGGAUUUAACAAUGUUUAUGAGUUCAGUAACAAUCAAUGGCACAAGGUACCACCUUGCCCUAACAAGCUUUUCACUAUUGUCAGUGUUGUUGACAUGCUUACAGCUGUGGGAGGAGGGUCAGUUACACAACCUUAUGGUAACAAACUCUACAGCUUCAUUGAUAACAAAUGGAUCGAACACUUCCCUCCUAUGCCAACAAGACGGUCGACACCUGGAGCUGUGUACGCUAACAACACACUUGUAGUAGCUGGGGGAUAUUGUUAUUCAGAAAAUUUAAACGUAGUUGAAAUAUUAAACACUGCUAAUAUGCAAUGGUCUAUUGUUAGCUCACUACCUGUGCCAACCAAUCAUCCAUCAACAACGAUCUGUGGAGACUAUGUGUACAUACACCCACUAAGUUAUGAUUAUCAAGAGAAGUAUUCAGUGUACAAAUGCUCAUUAAGAGAACUAACUCAGUCCCAAUGGGAGAAGAUUACCUCUUUGCCUGUUACGCAUUCCUCUCUUGUUACUUUCAAUGGUCACCUGCUGGCAGUGGGUGGGGUAGACUCCAAUGGAGAUAUAUCUAAGGAUAUAUAUCAGUACAACGAGACAUCAUGGAUUGUCACUAGUCAAAUGUCAACCCCUCGAUCAUUUUGCGCCACUACUGUCCUCCCUGGGAACAAACUGAUGGUGGUGGGAGGAGAUGGUGCAACGAAAAAAUGUGAAAUAGCUACUUUUGUAUAGUGCCUAACUUGUUCUUUGUAGUAUGCUAAAACAAUUGUUAAGAUUGUUCUUGAUUUUUGUUGAUCAGCAGGCGAUAUCAAUUUUGGAGUUGCCCAGCCUUGCAACAACUGUACAUGCUAUUAAAUCAAUUAAACGUUACAUUACAUAA